AUGCUUCGUCUUAGGAGGUACCGCGUCUUCGUCGCGUGCGCCUUUGUCUUUGUCUUCCUACUCUACCGAGUCUCUGUCAACUCGGCUUGGGACAAUAGUUUCGAUUACCAGCAAGCCGUCCCCCAGUCCAACCCAGAGCCUCAGGCCGCCCAGCGGGACCAGGUGCAGAAGCCACUCGACGAGAAACCCAAACCAGUUGUCGAGGACACUUUCGCCCCAGAUGUUGCCGAAGAAAAGGUCAAGAUACCCAGUCUCAAGACCACCACCGAAGUGAAGGAUGGCUUUGCCCUGCCGCCUGCUCCCACUCUGGAGGAGACCUUGACACCACUUGACCAAGGGAGGCGUCCAGAACUGGAGCCGCCUGCCACUACCGAGCCGCCCACCCCUCUCAUCCCUGAUCGCCGACCUGGCAAGGUUGGGGAUGCCUAUCCGCACGCAGUUGACGAGCCCCUACACAUUCAAGAUCCGCCGGGCAGGUUCCCAGACAGCCCCCCAGCUCCCACUACCUCAUCGACUACCAUCUACUGGGAAAAGCAACCAGAGUGGUUCCCAGUCCCCGAGGAGUCCUUCAUUCCCCUGCCCACCGGCAAACCAAAGUCUAUCCCCAGGGUCCAGCACAACUUUGGCUCCGAGAGCCCCGAAGAAAAGGCGAAGCGGGAGGACCGCCUGGCGCAGGUCAAGGCAGAGAUGAAGCACGCCUGGGACGGAUACGAGAAGUUCGCUUUUGGCCACGACGAGCUCGUACCCAUCGAAAUGUCGUUUAAGGACCCUUUCUGCGGCUGGGCGGCUACCUUGGUGGACGCCAUGGACACGCUCUGGAUAAUGGGCCUGAAGGAGGAAUUCGACUCGGCGUACAAGGGUUUGAAGGACAUCGACUUCACCACGACUCCGCAUCGUAACGAGAUCCCGGUCUUUGAGACCACCAUCAGAUAUCUAGGAGGACUCCUUGCCGCAUACGACGUCAGUGGCGGCCACAAAGGUGACUACCCACUCCUUCUGAAGAAGGCGGUCGAACUAGCCGAGGUCCUGAUGGGCAUUUUCGACACGCCGAACAGGAUGCCUGUCCUGUACUACAAGUGGAAGCCGGCCUUUGCAUCUCAGCCGAAAAGAGCCAGCACACGUGCCGGCAUAGCAGAGCUUGGCACGUUGUCCAUGGAAUUCACGAGAUUGGCUCAAUUGACUGGAAAAGACAAGUACUACGAUGCUAUUGCCCGUAUUACAGACGCUCUAGAAGAGUGGCAAAACCGCGACGAUGAGACAGCCCCCACGCUUGCUGGAAUCUUCCCCGAAAAUGUGGACGCUUCUGGCUGCAACGCAUCAGCCACCGCGGCGAUCAAGGAGGCCAGCCUCCGAGCUCAGCAACAGGCCGAGACUGCUAUCCUUCAGGAACCUGAGGGAUACGUCCCACCCGCUGCUGGAAGCUCAGGGGCGACCCACGCGUCAACGCAGGGAAGGCCCAGUGUAGAGUUCCAGGUUAAGCCAGGCGGUGCAGGAAGCCCCGAUGUUGGCGGCUUUAGAAAUGUUGAGAAACGCCAAGUGAACGACGGCUAUGCACGGGAUGGGGCACCUUCUCGCAACGUUGGCCAGACACCAGAUCUGACCCCUCCGCACAGAGCUGGUGCUAGCUCCCGCUUCCAGAGCCAUGAGCCAGUUGAGCCGCUGGCGGCAAACGGCCUCCCUGCUGAUUGGGACUGUGUGGCUUCGAAUUUGACCACGUCUCCUGGUAUGGAGGCAUACUCCAUGGGAGGAUCACAGGACUCUGCCUACGAAUAUUUCCCGAAGCAAUAUCUCCUCUUGGGUGGCCUCGAGCCCAAGUACCGCACAAUGCAUGAAAAGACGGUCGCUGCAGUCAAGAAGUGGCUUCUUUUCCGCCCCAUGGUCCCGGAUGACCCCGAUAUUCUCUUCUCCGCCAAGAUCAGGGUAUCUGGUGGCCGUGACACGGAACUAGCCGAGAGAAUGAUGUACGAGUACGAGGUCACACAUCUCACAUGUUUUCUCGGCGGUAUGUUCGGCCUCGGCGCGAAGAUUUUCGAUUCGCCCGACGACUUGGAGAUCGGCAAGCGUCUCACAGACGGAUGUGUCUGGGCAUAUUCCGCGAUGCCAAGCGGUAUCAUGCCUGAAUACUCUCAUGUUGCUCCUUGCAAGAACGUCGAGAACUGCCAAUGGAACGAAACAUUAUGGACUGAUGAAUAUUUGGACCCAAACCCUGAAUGGAGGGUUCAGCAGAUGGAGAAUUACUACGAGCGCCUUGAGCUCUGGGAGGCCGAGAAACAACAAGCACUGCGCACAGAAGCUGAGAGACUCCAAGCAGUAGAAGAGAUGGCCCAAAGAGCCCGCUACCCAGGUGAGACGGAGCCGAAGACGGGGCAGGUUGACUCGGAGCCAGGUGUGCCGGCUGGGUACAGCGGGGCGAACCAUGGCGGCAGUAGUAUUCCAGCGAACAACGCAGACGGCUCUCCGAGGCGCCCUGACGACGCUGCAUCCCGGCCUGUCAAGCGCGACCUUGACGAGGAGGCUUCUCUCUUGCCAGUACCUGACGCAUCCUAUGUCGAACCUCCCAGAAUCUCUGUGGAUCCAUUAACGCUGGAUCAGAAGGCCAUCAAGGAAAAGAUGAAGAAGCUUGAGGCGGAACUCAAUCGCUUGGACGAGACUACGGGCCGUUCUUCAUCUUCCGAUGCUUUUGGUGGCACAGUGGGUCAGGUGCCUAUCGAGCAGGCUGCCAUCAAUUUGCCGCCACGGCCGGUCAAGCCUGAUACUCAUGAGGAGUACGUGUCGAAUCUGAUCAUGAGCGAGGGCCUUCCAGCAGGUUUUACGCGGAUUGGUGAUAAGAGAUACAUCCUGCGGCCUGAGGCGAUUGAGUCCGUGUGGUACAUGUACCGGAUUACUGGUGACCCCAUUUGGCAGGAGAAGGGAUGGAAGAUGUGGCAGGCGGUGGUGAAGCACACGCAUAGCCAGGUCGCUGCCACAGCUGUGGACCAGGUUAACAGCAGGGACGGCGUCACCACACCCAUCGACUCCAUGGAGAGCUUCUGGCUGGCGGAGACGCUCAAGUACUAUUACCUGCUGUACUCGGCACCUGACCUCAUCAGCCUGGACGACUGGGUGCUGAACACCGAGGCGCACCCCUUCCCACGGCCUCGAUGA